UGGUGGAUUGAUCGUGCACCACAAAAAGAUCUGAUACCAUAUGUUGAAAAAACUCUUAGUGCAAAACAAUUGUUUGCAUUAGAUCGAAGAGGUAAAACUGUUUAUGGACCAUUGAGUCGCGAUGUACUAAAUCAAUUUCAUGAUGAUCAUAUUAGACGACAUCUUCAAACUGAUAUCUAUGCUACUUUUAUUGAGUCAAAUGAAAAUUCUACUUUAAAAGUUCAACCGUACAACGCACACAUACGACCUUAUCUACUACUUGAAUCAAAGUUUUUAGCUAUUGAUCAGAAAGUUGAUGCCUUUACUGGUCAAUUAUUUGGCGGCAAUCCAGCGGCGGUGUGCCCACUAGACAAAUGGUUACCCGAUUCAUUAAUGCAACAAAUUGCUGUUGAAAAUAAUCUUGCUGAAACGGCCUUCUAUGUUCCAAAUUCCAUCAAUGGUGGAUAUGACCUACGUUGGUUUACGCCUGAACUGGAAAUGGAUCUUUGCGGUCAUGCAACAUUGGCAACUGCACAUAUCAUUUUCACUGAAAUAUCUCCAAUGAAAGAUGAAAUCAAAUUUCAAACAAAGGAAGCAGGCGAACUUACAGUUACCUGCCAAAAGGAGAAUGCUUUAUAUACCCUCAAUUUUCCAGCCCGCCCGGCGGCAAAAGCCAAUUUGCCUGAUGGACUAUUAUCAGCGUUAUGUAGCGGUAAAACUCCCAUCGGAAUUUAUAAAGCGAGAGACUAUAUGCUUGUUUAUGAAAACGAGUCUGACGUCAAACAAUUGUCGCCAAAUUAUACGGCUUUAGCCAAUAUUAAUGAUGUUUUUGGUGUGAUUGCUACUGCUCCUGGUGAUGAAGUCGAUUUUGUUUCGCGAUACUUUACGCCGGGCGCCAGUAUUCCCGAAGAUCCGGUUACUGGUUCAGCACAUUGCAGUCUGAUCCCUUAUUGGUAUGAACGAUUGGACAAUAAAAAUAACGAAGAGAACAUGAUUUGA